AAAAAAAAGUGAUAAUACCAUGUUUCAAUUGUCUUAGGUUCAAAUUUUUGCGAAUUUUUGUUAAUUGAGUGAUUAUAUAAUGAAUACUUUGGGGUUUUAAUACUAUAUUUGAAUAUAUUAACUCAUAUAUUAAAAUACUGAAACCAACGUAGUAGAAAUUGGUUAGUCGAUAAAAGUAAAGUAGAAGUAUUUUGAUCAAUUUGUUCAACAUUUAUGUCGUGCGUUAUUUGUGGUGGUUUUGUAGAAUUUAUAGUGCUUAAUUUAGAAUAAUACUUCAGAAAACAUCAUGCUAGCGUUAAAACCAGCAGUUUUCAACUGCCAACCUCACAAAAGAUUGUUUUCUACUACGAGUUGGAACGGUCGAAGAAUGUAUACUUACGAAGAAAUGCUAAAGAUGAGAGGACCCCGAUGUGUAAAACCUCACAGAGUGAUGUGGAAAUUUCUCGAGAAAACCAAAAAAACAGGAAUAUUCUUCCAACCACCCGUAGGGUUUCCAUCUUUCAGUUUGAAAUCCGCUGUAACUUCGAUUGCUUGUCGUACUAUUCCCGUUACCAGGAAAAGUGCUAUAUUAAAUAAAUUAUUCAUGAGAAACAUUACGGAAAUUUUGGCCACAAGCGAUGUUGGACUUCCACUGAUAGGAUAUGAUAUUCAAAUUUCUCAGGUACGAGUAACUCCUGAUUUUAGAGCCAUUAAUGUAUUUUGGAUUCCUCAAGGAACUGAUAAAGAUGAUGAGAUUCAACAUCUUUUGAAUGAGACUGCUAAUCCUCUACGUAGUGAACUUAUCAAUUUAAGAACAAUGGGUUUGGUUCCUGUGAUUUAUUUUGUAAAAGAUAAACACUAUGCUCUUCAAGCCGAAGUUGAUAGGCGCUUAAAAAUUGCUGAUUUUGGAGAAGACUACGUACCCGCUCUUCAAGAGCAUCAUCAUCUUAAAGAAGAUUUGCAACUCAUAACAACUUUACCCAGCCAAGUGAAGGAGAAAAUUGCAAAUUUGGAAGAUGAUCAACCUUUUGAGUAUGAUGAGGAACAAGAGUUGCCUGCGAUGCGAAUGGAUGUUUUUGGUUUGAAUCAUAGUAAAAUUUUGCACACGGUAAAGCAGGCUGUUUCAAAAUCUCGAUUAUCUGGUGCGAAAGGAAUUGAAGAUAUUCUCAACAACCCGAAAGCAGUUUUUGAAAUACCGUCAAAUAGUAUAUUAGAUAAAGAUGUUUGGGAUAGAAAUAGUUUUAAGAAAUAUAUUAAGCAACGUCAGAGAAAAAUCAAGAAAGCUCAGCAAGCUAGUGCUGAUGAAAUGGAAAUGAUCCAUACCCAUUACAUAGAAACAUAUGAAGCGUCUGACAACGACCCCAAUCUUCAUAAUGAAUUUGUUGAACAUGCUUUUGAAGACGAGCUAGAAAGUAGCGAAAAUUUUGACCAGUGUGAUGAUAGAUACGAACAAGAACAAUGAUGAAGGAGUCAUUUUCAAGUUUGUUACGAGAAUAAUAAUAGGCACAUGCGAGUUAUUAUUUAAGUACCUUACCUAUAUUUGAACAUGUAAUGUAAAAUGUAAUCAUGUAGAAGAAUGAUACAGUACAUGAGUUGUUAUAUUAA